AGAGAGCCGUGAGAGAACAUGGAGAGCAUACCGGAGCCAACGCUUUACACUGUAAGAGCCGCCAUCAUUUUGGACCAGGAUGGGCAUCGACUUCUGGCUAAAUAUUAUGAUGGCACAUUCCCCGCUCUUAUGGAACAGAGAGAAUUUGAAAGAAGGAUAUUCCUUAAGACGCAAAGAACUGAAAAUGAAGUGAUACUUGUGGAUGGGGUUACAGUACUGUGCCAGCGGUUGACAGACAUCAUGUGCUACAUUAUUGGUGGACCUGAUGAGAAUGAA